UAUAAGUCACCUCACAACACCACAUUUCAUCAGACUUGAAGCUCCUGCUGGAAGUCAGAAGACUCUCACACAACUCUGCUGCUCUACACAACUUCACCAGGUUAGAGAAAUGGCCACAGAUAAAAUGACCGUUGCUGCUCUGGGACGAUCUUUCACCCUAGGGAUGCUCUAUGAUGCUUGGAGUGAUGAACUGGUCCCAGGUGUCAAAUUAUGGAAUGCUGAAACUCUAAAAACAACUGAAACCCCUCAGCAGUACAGUAAUUUUGCGAUUUCUAAAUCUGACACCAUUGAAUCAAAGUCCACCAUGAUGGAUAUUGAAGCUUCUCUGCAGGCCAGUUUCAUGAGUGGACUGAUAGAAGUUGGAGGAUCUGCCAAAUAUCUGAAUGAUGAGCAGAAAUUCAAGAAUCAGAGCAGAGUGACCUUUCAGUACAAAGCUACCACCAACUUCAAGGAGUUGUCAAUUGAUAAUUUGACCCUGGACACCAAACAGAUGAAGAUUAUUGAGAAGGGCUUGGCCACACAUGUAGUCACAGGCAUCCUGUAUGGGGCAAAUGCUUUCUUUGUGUUUGACAGUGAGAAGUUAGAAGCCACUCAGGUUCAGAAGAUAGAAGGCAGCAUGCAAGCUGUGAUAAAGAAGAUUCCUAAAUUUGAUGUUAAGGGGAAGGUUGACAUCAAUCUAACUGAUGAAGAGAAAGAACUGACUGAGAAAUUCUCCUGCAAAUUCUGGGGAGACUUCAUUCUUAAAAGCAACCCAGCAACAUUUUGUGCAGCAGUACAGCGCUAUGUAGACCUUCCACAGCUACUGGGAAAAAAUGGAGAGCAUUCGGUCCCAGUGAAGGUCUGGCUGAUGCCACUGAAGAGUUUUGAUCCCAAAGCUCCUGAGCUGAAGACAGGGAUCAGCAUUGGACUAAUGAGGACAGCCCAAGAUGCUCUGGAAGAUUUAAAGGAAGUAGAAAUGAGAAGCAAUGAUUCUCUGGACGACAAAGUGGGAGAGGACUUCCCACAGAUCAGAAAAUACCUAAGCACUUUCCAAAAACUGUGUGGUUAUUAUAAAACCAACAUCCAGCAAGCCAUGGCAGAGAAACUUCCCUCCAUCCGAGCAGGAAAGGAAGAUGAGAGCUCACUGGAAAAAGUAUUUGAAGACAGGCACAAGUCACCAUUCAGCCAUGAAGAACUAAACAAGUGGCUGGAUCACAAAGAGAGAGAAAUCAACGUCAUCGGGUCCUGUGUCGACACCAUGGACGGAGUAAAGAUCGUCCAGAACCAGACCGAGGUGGACAAAGAGGUCCUUGCUCCAGGUGUAGAGGAUGUUCUGUGCUUUGUUUUCACCUCCAUGCCAAAGGGUGAUAGCUACCUUGAUGAGAUGGCUGACUACUUUAAAUCAACCAACUUAGAAAGUAGCCAUGAGGAGGAGUGGUACUACUCCAAAGAAGUUCUUAAAACAAUGAGAGAAAAAGCCACAUUUUUCCAGGGUGCUUCCAAAGCGCUGAAGAACAACAGCCAAUUUCGUUUCCUCAUAACGGCCAAAACCAAUGACAACUACAAAGGAGCAAGCAUCCAUCACUACAAGAAAGGCCAGCUGGUCACUGAAGACUUUCAUCCUCAAAAGCCUUCUUCUGUGGAGACCAUCACAGACAAGAGAGAUCUGAUCUGGUAUGCCUGUGAUCUCAACCUGGACCCAAACACUGCCAACUACAAUCUCAUUCUGUCACAAGGAAACAAAAAGGCAACAAAUGGAGCAGCGCAGGCCUAUCAUCCUAACCUAGAGAGGUAUGGAUGGUGCCCACAGGUGUUGUGCAAAGAGGAGUUAUCUGGGUGCCAUUACUGGGAGGUAGAGUGGAGUAGUAGUGGCUGGCAGUCUGUUUAUGCUGCUGUUGCAUACAAGGGAGCUGACAGAAAUGACGGAAAUGGGAGUCAUUUUGGCAAUAAUUCAAAGACCUGGUGUUUUGGCAAAAAUAUGUGGUACUUCCAACAGUCUCUUAGGGCAUUCCAUGCCAAUGAGAGGGUGUGCAAUGUACCUUAUCCCUCUGGUGACUUCAGUAGAUUCGGGGUGUAUCUGGAUCAUCCUGCUGGCACUUUGUCCUUCUACAGAGUCUCCGCCAACACACUGACUCACCUGUACACCUUUCGCACCACAUUCACUGAUCCUCUUCUCCCAGGCCUCUGGGCUUGUCAUAAGUCCAACUAUGCCUACCUGUGUCCAGUUGAAUGGUAAAUUAUCUGGAUUUAUCCAGCGCCUUUCCAGUCUUUACGACCCAUCAAAGCGCUUUUACAUUGGCACCCAUUCACACACAUUCAUAGAGGCAGAGGCUGUCAAAGACCUGCUCAGUAGCAUAACGUUCACACACAUCGACACACAGUCGGCCAUUCUUGGUCUGCAUAAAGUUUAAAAUGGCAACCUAACAUCCCAUUUUAACUUUAACGUGCUAUUCAAAAUCAAAAAUGCAGUCAAACCCAGAGGGACGGGGAAAAUGUUUUAUUAUUGCUUUCUACAAUUUAGCUUUUUUAUUAAAGGGGACCUAUCAUGCAAAAUGCACUUUU